UGCCCGGGCGGGCGGAGGCGUCGCCGUCCAUGCGGGGCGGCGGGGCGUGAGGCGGCGGCAUGAGCCAGAGCGAGGUGUCGCCGUGCGCGGCGCCGCCGCCCAGCCAGCGCGUCUUCCAGGAGGCGGUGCGGCGCGGCAACACCAAGGAGCUGCAGUCCCUGCUGCAGAACAUGACGAACUGCGAGUUCAACGUCAACUCCUUCGGGCCCGAGGGGCAGACGGCGCUGCACCAGUCCGUCAUCGACGGCAACCUGGAGCUGGUCAAGCUCCUGGUCAAGUUCGGCGCCGACAUCCGCCUGGCCAACCGGGACGGCUGGAGCGCCCUGCACAUCGCCGCCUUCGGGGGCCACCAGGACAUCGUCCUCUACCUGAUCACCAAGGCCAAAUACUCCGCCGGCGCCCGGUGAUGCCGGGGCCGC